UGCUCCAGCUCCAAGAUCUCUACCUGAGCAGGGUCUGGCUCUAAUAUUCCCAAAAUGGCGACUUCCAUUUCGAACAAAAAGGCUUCAAACAGGCACAGUGGGAGUAAAUGGCCCAUAAUGUCCACUCAUACAUAUAACCGUCACUGACUGCGAUUUAAAAAAGGCUUCAAAACCGCACACUGCGAGUAAAUGGCGCUAUACACUGUCGUUGGUAGUAACCGUUUGUGGAAACUACAAUUCCCAACAUCCCCUAUAAACAGGAAGUGACUGUUUCUGCGGAGAUUAGAUUAGCAGGCUGUCCCUAACUUUAAUUUACGUAUUAGCUUUCGUGGACACUUAACUUAGAAGCUGCUGUUUGUGGAGGUGUGGGAGAGAUGCUGUGUGCUCUGCAACAUGCGUCCCACUGAGCCAGCUGCCAAAGAUGGACGCAGUCGCAAGACUAACAAACCCAGAAACACUCGGGGAACUGUAAACCACUGUCCCGAGUCUCCUGAGUCCUGCAGCGAGAGCAAAAAAUCCAAGAAAGUAGGACAAUCUCUCAAGAAGCCCAGUCAAACUGUUCCAGCUGCUGCCAGUGAAAAGGAUGCUCAUCCAUCUAAACAUGGAAAAAGCAGAGAGAUGACUUCCAAUAUGCAAGCAGCUCCUGAAGAAGAAGCCAAGUCUUCAAAUCAAGAUAGUCAUCUGUGCAAGCAGCGUCCACAGGAGAUGUCAGCAGCAGAGAGUGAUAACAGUGAGGAGGAUCUGUACAGGGCAGCAGAGGAAAUAGAACAGGAAAGACAGGAGAAGCAGCUGUCAAAUGCAGCUUCAGUGUCUAAUUCUGACGACCAGAGCAGUGUGUCAGCUCCUGAGGGUCUGCUCUCCUACAGUCAGAGAGAAUGGAAAGGAAACACUACCUUCAGCCACCUUAUCAGAAAGGGGUAUGAAGCAAUAGCUCAGAAGUUUGAGAGUCUGCGCAGAGUACGAGGUGAUAACUACUGCGCUCUGAGGGCGACCCUCUUUCAGCUCUUCAGCCAAUCUAACAAAGUCAGUAACUGGCUGCAUGAUGCUGAAAUUGUUCAGCUGCACUGUGUGCAAGAUUUAGUGGAAGAAUGGAGGUUUCCUUUUGGGAGCAGAGAUGAAGGAGGAGCAGUGGAACAGCUGGAACAUUGUCUGAAGCGCCUGAGAGUCAGGUGGCAGGAGGCAGUGCAGUGUGAGAGUCCAGCAGCACGGGAACGGGUUUGCCGGCAACUGUUUGUAGGGGGCCGUGAAGAAUAUGAGCUGCUGGAGGCCCUGAAGUUCUUGAUGCUGAAGACGGUCAUUCAACUGCACUCUGACAUGAAAAAGGGUUCUAGUGUGCCUGAGUUCUGCUGGCUUCUUUUUGCCCGUGACACCUCCAAAUGUCCCAGGAGCUUCCUCACUAAUCAUCUCAGACAUGUGGGCUUCAGCGGAGGUCUGGAACAGGUGGAGAUGUUUCUGCUGGGCUACUCCCUACAGCAUACACUUCAGGCCUUUCGGCUCUACAAGACAGACACUGAGGAGUUCAUCACCUACUACCCAGAUGACCACAGGACAGAGUGGCCUUGCCUUAGCCUGGUCACAGAGGAUGAUCGACACUAUAACGUGCCAGUGCCUAAACAGUCCGAUCUACAAUCAGCAAAACAUGACAGGUCGAUCAGGCCCAAAUGGAACGUGCCUUCAAGUGGAACAAGAAAAACUACACUUCUAUAGAGAAAAUCUGAUGACACUGAAAGACACCCUCCAAAGGUCUGGGGGCUUCAUUAUGUUAGGUGAUUUUCAGCCACAGACCUCCCAACCUUUACGCAUUUUGCAUAACAUUGGCGUGGGCUAAGCAGUCAUCGUUUUUUUUUUUUCCUUCCAAUAAAAACGACAGAUGAUCCAAUCAACAUAUGAAUCUAGAAUGACUGACAGUUGUUUUGAACUCUCCAAUAUUGGCUGACACCCUGGAAGGCCCACCCCUUCCCCUUAUCUCACAUUAGUCAUCUAACUCCUCUUGAUUUUUGUCAUUUGAAAGAGCACUGGUGCAAGGCCCUCACUUUCUGUCAAGGUAAAGGGAGAGCAUUUUCACUUCAUUAAUGUGAAAUAAAAAUCUAUUAACGUACAGUACUGUGCAAAAGUCUUAGGCACCCUAUUUUUUUUUUUAGUACAAAUUUGUUAAAUGUUACAGAAAAGUGUUUGUAUGUCAGUAAAGAAAGCAUGAAAGGCCACUUUUCAGACAAAAAACAUAAUGAAGGCUGCUGGGUUUUGCUGCAAAAAUAAGAAGCAAGUGUUACUGUCAAAGUCUCCAGAAGAACUGUGGCUGCUUCUGCAAGAUGCUCAGUAAAACUUACAGCUCAUUUCCUUAUAAAACUGCACUAAUUGUACCUGAGACGACUAUUUUUAUUUUUUUUUUUUAAAGCAAAGGAUCGUCACACCAAAUAUUGACUUUGUUUCAUUUAUUACUGUUUACUGCUCUUUAUAGUAUUUUUUUUUUAAUGUAGAAACAUUUCAUUAUUUUUGAAGGCAUCUUUGCUCUACAACAUUUCAUUACAUGUGCCUAAGACUUUUGCACAGUACUGUAUAUUUGACCUGGCUAACAUUAGACUCACGUAUAGGCUAGUUAACAUCCUUAAUCAUUAUAUUUAAUAGGGAUGCCACUGAAAGAGAGAAAAAUUUGAAUAUGCCUACAAUGAAGUGUAACAUCUUAGACAUUACAUAGAAUUUUCUUGAUGAUGAUUAGGGAUGUGUCUAUACCGAUAUUCGUAUAGGUUAUCAGCCCAAUAGCAUGCUCAUUUCCUCAUGCUUGUAAAAGAUGCUGCGAUACCAGCAAUCGAUACCAGCAAUCAAUACCAGAUGAUGCAGUGUGAUGUAAGGCUAGUGUACGUUGUCGUGACACGAAAUGACAGCAAUCUGGACGUAUUUCACAAUUAAUGAUGGCCGUCAAAGCAAAGUAGACUGCUGUUAGCGCUCUGCGAAAAUGUCAUGAAGAGAAACUACAGCAUCUUCCUACAAUACAAGUAACCUUUUAAAACAUAAAACUCAGCACAAGGAGCACACAACUGCAGGCACUGCAUUGCAGCCUAGCUGAGAAAAGUGUCUACAGACAGUGCUAAGUGUGUGAAAACAGCUCUUACAGUAUUUUGUUCUUGACAGUCAGCUGCCGUCGCUUAUUGGCAACGAGGGUUUCUGACGUAAUAAGGACAAAAACGUCAGCUGUAUAGAAGCACUUUCUGUGACUGCAUUUCAUUUUAAAUGAACUAGCUCACAUUAUAAAGAAUGAGCCUAGUAGCCUAUGUGCAUGCUGGCGAAACAUAAGCAGAGCUAAAUAUAAUGUUCAGUUACUGCCGUGAUUAAUACCAAAGCCCAAAUUCACACAAGACCUCAUUCAAUUCAGUUUAUAUUUUAUUUCAAAUUAGGCUUAUUCCAUUCAUUAUUAAAGAGUAAAUAGAUACUGUCUCUCUUGCAGGUAAAUUUACCUAUUUUUAACUGAUAACUGAAUGCUGGAUUUCCCAACACAAAUUAAAAUCAAAGUGCUCUUUCUCAUGUCGGUAGCUCAUACGGAAAUGCACUUGAAACACAUCCAGUAUCUGUACUGGUAUUGGUGAGAACCAAAAAGAUAUGUACUUGGCCUAAAAAUAGUAUUGAUGCAAAAAAAAAAAAAAAAAACCUCUGCACAGCCAUGUUCAAACAUCAUAGUCAAACCCAUUGAGGGAGAAACUGGUGUGUGCGUCUAUACAGUGUUUUACAGUAACCACCAAGCAAGCAGUAGCUCAUCACAUCAUCCACCCCACCCUCUACCCCUCCCCUAUCGCCCUCCACCCAAAGCACCCAUAAAACCCCUGUGUAUACAUUUGCUACAGUUUCUACCUUAUGCAAGAGAUUUGUCAAAGGACUAUUUUGAAAAUGUACUGUUUAAUUUUCCUUCUAUUUUGUAUAUUUAUUUAAUUGCAGUAAUACAGUAAACCAUCCUGUUUAUUAUUGUUUGCACAGGUUUCACAAAACUGUAAGGAAAUGCUGGUGCAAAAUUCAGGGACUAUUGUGUGUACCUAAACAAUUUACAGAAAAAUAGAAAAUAUGUCUGGAGGAGACUGGAUUUAAUUUAGAAAAUGGAAAAGUGCAAUUUUAGGUAUUCUGAAAGGAAGUCCUCAUCUGGCUUUUAUGACUUAUGCUUGUAUAAUUUAUGAAAAUGAAAUGGUUAAGCAGUAAUUUUCAAAUUGUCAUGUAUUUCAUUUUUUAAAAUAUAAUUUAAGUUUACUAUUUUAUGAAUAAUUACAUUGUUGUAUUGCUUUUGUUUUCCAUCUGUUUGCAUACAUUGUCCUACCAAACAUAAUAUGCUGCAAGAAGUUAAAUCAUACAAGAAAUGCAAAUGUAAUUUUUAUAUCAGAUCUGUCUUUUAUAUAUACAUAAUUGUGCGUUUGUGAAGAUUGCAUGCUUCUCUCAGGCAAGACAAUAAAAUGUCUAAUUGGUGA